AUGGCAGAAAAGUAUGCAGGGAAAGAUAGUGAUAAAAAAAGACCACGUAGUGAAUUAAGCAGUGUGAGUGAACUGGAUACAAGCGCAGAUAUAACUCCUAGAAAGAAUCCUAAAAAGAAACAAAAUAAAAACCAAGAAGACCCCAUGCAAGAUAUUAGAUCACAAUUACACCAAAUAAAUUCAAAACUAGAAAAUGUAAUGACAAAAGAUGAUGGCACCCUGAGAACAAUGAUUAAAGAUAUGAUAACACAAAUGAAAGAAGAACUUCUUAAAUCGGUUGAAAAAAGAAUUGAAAUACUCGAAGCAAAAAUCUUUGACAGGGAUGUAGAAAAUGAGGCACUAAAAACUAAGGUAGAUAAAUUAAACAAAACAAUAGACAAACAGUCUUAUGAGAAUGAAAAAUUAAAAUCAGAUCUGAGAAAAAGUGAGGUAAAAACAGACGAAUUCUUGAAUGACAUUGAGCAACAUGACAGGCUACAUAAUGUAAGAAUUAAUGGCAUUGCGGAAAAAACAUACCCGGCAAAUCCCUCAGUUACAGAAUUGAGUGAUGAUGAAAUGCAAAAAUAUGGGGCCGCAGCAGACACAAACCAAAAACAAGCGACACCGUCUGCAUGGAAAACAGAUAAUAGCGCCAAACUACUAGAAAAUGCCAAUAAAAAUGAAAACAGAUUACCAGAAAAUGCUGACCAAACAACUGAUAUCAUUAUAAAAACUCUGAACAGCCAUAUAAAGGAUUUAAACCUAAAAAGAGAAGACAUAGAUAUCAGUCAUCGGUUGGGAAAAAGCGGCGGAAAUAAACCAAGACAGAUAAUCUGCAGAUUUACAUCAAGAUUGGUCAAAGAUAAUCUCAUGAGACAAAAAAAACUGUUGCCGAAACCCAUUUAUGUAUCUGAGGAUCUAACACGCACAAACUACCAAGUGUUAAUGUGCAUUAAACAUAAAAUGCCAGACGAGGUAGACAAAUGCUGGGUGCGAAAUGGGAACUUAUAUUUUAAAAACAAAAUGGGACACGUGCAUCGGGUACAGAGCAGAGAAUAUGACCACUGGCUGAAUCUACCUUGGCCAAAAAGUGAUAAAAACUUAUAA